UUCCUCCAGUUUCCCUCGUGCCCGUGGGGUCUGCCCAAUGAAAGUCGGUCAACCGGUCUGGGGGCAAGGGUCGCUGCAGUGGAUGACGUGCAUCCGUGCUAGCGAUGGCGCCGUUAGGUCGGCGCUAGGUAUGGAAAAGGGAGACCAGGAUUAGGGGAACGGGGGGAGGGCUGGCCUGACCGUUGAGAAGCGCCGUGAUUGACGGCCGCUGGUCUGGCCGCGGGCACAUUCUCUUCCUAGGUGCCCGUUUGAACAGAAAUGAAGGCCACCCUUUUUUUUCUUCUUCUAGCGGGUAUAACUGUCGGCCUGACCACACAGACACACCUACGUGCUUGUGUAGGAGCAUGCAGGCCACUUGCCGACAUAUGCUUUAUCCGCAGAUGGGCACAGGCAGGUCAGGUAGGGAUCUUCAAGUCCCAGCUGUUGUGCGUUUGGCCGCAUUUGCGGAGUUCUCUUGGCCGGAGUCUGGGAAGAAGCGCCGGCCAACCAAAGGCCGCCACUCGGGCUGAUGGAGCAACGCUCUUUGAGACGGACGCACAGAUCGAUGCAUGCAGUUCAUGGCACGGCGCAAUAUGUAGGGUGUGCAAAUGCUUGCAUACAUGUACUUGUUCAUGA